UUGGGUGCUUCAGUUGUUUAAGGUCCACCAGGCGUCAUGUGAGGCAACACUUAACCCUCCACACUCACCUCCUCACUGCCAAUUUGCCUUUACCACUAAAGGAAAAACGCUUGAAUAUAUCAAUAUACAACGAAGGACGAGAACAAGGUGUAUUGAGGCUAUGCGAGUGUCUGAAACAUUAAACAUUUAUGUAACGAAUUUGUUACAUUAAUCACGAAAGCUUACUGAAGCCGUCAUUAAUUACGAAGGCUUGACGAAUGUAACGCAGGUGAAACGAGAAGCUCGACAGGCGCAGGUAAUGGUGGUCUAUUGAAAAGGGGAAAGUCACCAGGAUUAUUGUGCCGUCACCACCACCAGAAAUGGCAUUGUGGGUGUGACUACAGCGACUCGGGUCAAACCUCCCGUGUGCUUUGUGACCGGCAAUAGUAGCAUCACAAAGUCCACCACCGCCAGUAGCAGCACCACCGUCCGUGGCAACACCACCGUCUGCGGCAGCACCACCGUCUGCGGCAGCACCACCGUCUGCGGCAGCACCACCGUCCGUGGCAACACCACCAUCACCGUCUGCGGCAGCACCACCGUCUCUAGCAGCACCACCAUCACCGUCUGCGGCAGCACCACCGUCUCUAGCAGCACCACCAUCACCGUCUGCGGCAGCACCACCGUCCGUGGCAGCACCACCAUCUCUAGCAGCAGCACCACCACCACCACCGUCUGCGGCAGCACUACCACCAUCAUCUGUUUGUGGCACCAUCACCGUCUGUAGCAGUAGCCGCUGCGCCAUGCCAGCCACCAUCAACAUGUACGGGGAAACAGAAUACUUGACUGCCCCGCUCGCCUCCGUAGAGGACCUGUCUCGCGUCAACACGCCGGGGGGUUCCCCCUGCCCCAAAUCCCGCCACAGGCACCCAGCUCUUGAAGACCCCAACUGGGAGCCCCCUGAGGACCCAACCUACUACUCCAAGGAUCCCGAAUUUGCCCUGGAACCCACGGUCCUCACGCCUCUACAACCCACUCCUGAAGAGGACACCGGACCUCCAGACAGGUUCAAGCUGGUGUUCUUGACGCUGGUCCUCCACGGCGUGGGCACCCUCAUGCCAUGGAAUAUGUUCAUCACAGCCAAAAAUUAUUUUGUGGACUACAAACUUCGGACGGAUGAUGGCGAAAUUUCAACUUACGUUACAAAUUUUCUGCCUUAUAUAGGCUAUGCAUCACAAAUACCAAAUGUUCUAUUCAACUGGCUCAAUAUCUUCAUUCAGUUUGGUGGCAACCUAACAACACGAAUAGUAUGGAGUAUCCUGAUAGAAGUAGUAGUGUUUGUGUUCACAGUCAUCCUGGCUAUGAUCGACUCUGCUGACUGGCCUGGGGUCUUCUUUUGGAUAACUAUUGCCUCGGUAGUCAUCCUUAAUGUUGCUAAUGGAAUCUACCAAAAUACAGUAUAUGGUAUGGCAGCAAGACUUCCCUUCUCUUACACAGGUGCUGUGGUUCUGGGCUCUAAUAUCAGUGGCACAUUUACAGCUGUGAUUAACAUCAUAGCUAUAGCCAUGGCACCGAACAUCAGGACGUCAGCCAUCUAUUACUUCAUCACGGCUCUGUUUGUGCUCCUGGCAUGCUUUGACACCUACUUUGCUCUACCUCUUAAUCGGUUUUUCAGGUACCACGAGGCACUUCAUGAGAGAGCCAAAAAGGCAGCCAAAAGGGAUCCCAGCAAGCCUAAAGUGCCGUAUUGGCAGAUCUUCAAAAAAGCCUUCCCUCAGCUUUUUAAUGUUUUCAUGGUCUUUUUCGUCACUCUGUCCGUCUUCCCAGCUGUUCUUGCAGAUACUUGCAGAACAGAAGAGAAUUUCCCAGUACCUCCAAAAUACUUCCAGGCCAUUACCUGCUUCCUUACAUUCAAUAUAUUUGCCAUGUUUGGAAAUAUGCUCCCAGGGCUCUUCACAUGGCCUGGUCCAAGAUUUCUGUGUGUCCCCGUGCUUCUUCGACUCAUCCUUAUACCAGCAUUUGUAUUGUGUCACUUCUACCCAGUUAAUGUGGUGAGGAUCAUGCCAGUCCUCAUAGACUCAGACUGGGCUUACUGGGUUUUGACUCUCAUUUUGGGCAUAACCUCAGGAUAUUAUUCUUCCUUGGCAAUGAUGUAUUGCCCAAGGACUGUAGAGCAUGAAUAUGCCCCUGUUGCUGGCAUGAUGGGAGCAGCGUCCCUCAUAACUGGAAUUUUCACAGGCAUCGUUUUCCAGAUUGUGUGCACUUGGGCAGUGACAAACAUUUCCUUUGAAAUUCCUGGGUAUGAUUUCCCUAUGCGAAACUGUACGAAUAGAUUUAGCUAGAAAAGUUAAUGAGAAAUUUUUUAAUGUUUCCAGUUAGUAUGAUAAUUAUUGAUUUUAAGUCUUACUUUUGUGUCAUAGGAAUGUUUCCCUGAAUAAGGGGGAAUUUUUUUUAAGUAAAUGCAGUAAGGCUUUAAAUUACUGAUAUCACACUAAUUACACAAGUGACUGUCUUUCAGAAAUGUAAAGGGGGGUGCAUUUUCAUCAGUGUUGCUGAAAAUGUCUCUUUGUAAUUAUAUCACAUUCAGAAGACUCAAGUCACAGUUAUUGUAAGUGAGAAAAACUUUAUAGAUCUUUGACUGCACAAUAAUGGGUACACUGUGUGUGUGUGCAUUUAAAAAGAUCUCAAAGUCGUUAUGCUCGAAACAUUUCCGAGCACCGUGUUCCUUGAUCGGCUAAGUAUAAGGAAAAGUACCCAAUUUUUCAAGAGCCUCUGAAUACACGAACGGGUCAAUUUGAAGUUCCAGCAUGAAGUAACGAUGGCUUUUUAAGUGCUUAUAUAAGAGGAGGUAUAAAAUGAUUCAUAUUUGUAGUCAAAUUUUAUACAUUUAACUAUAUGCGAACAAGCCUGAAUGGUCCCCAGGACAAUAUGCAACUGAAAACUUUAACUAUAUUUUGCAUAUUCUUUUCAGCUGUAAUUUAUUUCAAGGCUUCAAUGGUAUGAAUGCACUUCGAUUUAGAUUCAAACAGACAACCAAUUUCUACUUUGUAAAUAUUGUACUGUACUCUGUAUAGAUAUGUUGAGACUGGACGAAUUAAGAACCUAUAUUAAAGUGUACUAUACUUGAUAAUACACAAUAUAUUAUCUAAGCAACUUUUUUAAUGAAUAUUGUUCUAUGUACCAGUACUGUAAACACAGUAUUUUACACAUACAAAAUUAUUAUAAUUUUGUAAAUUUAUUUUACAUUAAUAAUUACUGAAAUGUUUGUAUCGUUUCCUCGAUAGUUUACCUACGUUCUUACGUUACUAAGUAUCUUUAAAGAAACAGCUGAAGCUAUCUUUUAAGACAUCACCAUUUAUUUGGCAACUAUUACAUUUUAAUUUUAUCAAUAUAUACGUGUGUGUGUGUAUAUGCAGACACUUUACACCUGUAUAUGUAAUGUAAAAAAUUUGUACGAAUCCAAGAAAAAUUAACAUACUUGGGUGUCCUGAAUAUGUAUAUAAAUAUAUAAUUAUAUACAUAUAAUUAUAAUCUCAUUAACUAUUUGAUAAAGCUAAACACAGUCUGUGGUAUAACUGAAGUGUAAAUAAAUAGAAUAGUUUGUGGCGUGUCGGAGAAGGUGCAAGAUUUUAUAGGUAUACACUGUAUUAACAUUUUGCUACUGUAUGUGGAAAUAAUUUUAAUAGCUACUAAAAGAUAAUUUUGUGAUUAGUUUAUAUACUUAUAAAUAUUUAGCAUUGUGCAUAUCCUUUUAAGUUUCAGAAAAUACCACACAAAUUUUUAUUUGUAUAAUUAUCAAAUAUACAGAGCGGGUAGUAAAUUACACUUCAGGAUUGAAACUUCCAAGAACACACUACUGGGGUUUUACGUUCUUUGCUACACGAUUUUUCUCCCUUCACAAAAAAAAAAAAAUGACUGCAAAUUGUGAAGUAACCCUGUGAUUUCCACUAUGCGAAGGUACUUGUGUAUAGUUUGUACUAUAUAACAAAGUAAAUCUUUGUAAUUAUGUGAACUAAUGGCAAAAAUCACGUCAGAUUUGAAGCUUGCAAUGAAAAACUGUCCAGGAUCACACGGUAGCUUUACAGUGAAAAUGUGCAUGACUGAAACAUAUCAAUUCAAAACUAAUGCAAAUGUUCAUUUGCCUAUGCCAAUUUUUAUGAAAUGCUUUUUUUUCGAUCGCUUAUGAAACUACAUUCUUCCUUGUUGAAAUAUUAUAAAAGAUGUAUUUGACAACGUCUUGACAUUGACAAGUACAGUGAUAAAAUGAAGCUUUACACAAAUGGGUUACAGGGAGAUUUCAAAAGCUUAUUUAAGUUAUUUGUUAGAAAAGUAAGCACAGUUCAUUUCUGGGAUUGUGCAAAACUUUAUUGUACCGUAAUUUCAUUUUGAUAGUAUGACCCACUGAAAGUUUAAAAUUAGCAAAUCUGUUUGCUAAUGGUUAAUGGGGUUUGAGGUGUAAUACCUAUAGAAUUCUGAAAUUUGACAUAAUCAAAUUUAAUUUUUGCAUUUACAUACUGACCCUGAAGCCAUGUUGUUGAUAAGUCUCUUUGGUGUAAGUAUUUUUGUACUUUAAUGUUUUUUACCCAAUGUAUUUUAAAAUGCAGCCUCAUCUUUACAACAACUGCUUCCCUAACACGAGUCCGACUGUCCGCAACCCCUGCGAAGGAAACGUCAUUUUCUUAGUCCCUUGUGUUUGUCAUGCUUUCACUUUCUAGAUGCCAUUUUUUGAGAGUACAUAAAGUGAUGCCUUGUGUAGUGCAAAGAGAAACAGCUCAAGUUUAAUUAAGAUGGUGACAACUAGACAUUUUUAGCUGUGGCAGCUUAGUGGGGGUAUUGUAACUAAAUACUGACAUUAUAGUUUAAAAGGUUUUCUUACUGCAAAUGUGAAAUAUGGCCAUGCAUGCCUACAAAUAAGUAAUGAGAAUUGGUCUAGUUAAAUGCCAGUUUUGUAUAUCUUCAAUGUCAGUUUACCUCGAUAUUUGCCCGUAACUAUACAUAAUUUGUAGCCAUUCACAAUGCUAAUAAUUUUUUUUAAAUAGUCCACAUUUUUUUUAUGUGGGCUAAUGACUAAAUCAAGCAAGGAGAAGGGUGCACAAAACAUAUAUAUAUAUAUAUAUAAACUGUAUAUACUUCAGUGUUAUGUUUCUAAGAAGUCAUGUAUAGAAAAAACAAAUUUAAUUAUGUUGUACCCUUGAGCUACAACAUCUGGUUGUCAUUUGUAAACAAUGUGUAUUACAGUACUACUAAACACCACUUGACAAAAAUAAAGAUGUCGAUUACAAUAUUUACACAACGCAAAAGUCAAUUCCUAGUAGUCAUAGGAAAUUUGAUUAGGACUGAUUUAUUUAUUGGUUUUAAUAGUUAUUUUUAUAUAAUUCUGACUUUGUAUCCUGAAGUCUGUACAAAAUAGCAAUGACCUGGAAAUAGUUUUUGAUUUAACAGCAGAGUACAAUCUGUAAGAAUCUGCAAAAUAAAUUGUUCCUUGUU